ACAUGCCUCACGUUGCUUGGGACGCGGGCAAAGCAUAUCCCAUUUCGCGCAACCGCCCAUUUUAUGCUUCUGCUCCUCAUCUCCGGAUCACAAGACAAACACUCGAGAGGGAAACAAAGAAAGACAAAAGAGAGAGUCCUGGUUCUAGCCUUCGAAACCCCCGGCUGAAACCCUAGAGGAGAGCGAGUUCACCCUCUCCUUCGAUGGCGAGAGACGCGGAGACCGGCGAGGCCUCCCGGCGGCCGCCGGAUGUCCCUUCCGUCCGGAUCCGGUCGCGGCCGGAUCCCUUGCUGAUCGUCUGCCGGUGCUUCAGCUUCCUCACUGCCAUCAUCGCCGUCCUCUGCGUCUUCGUCAACGUCCUCUCCGCCGUCCAGUCGUUCAAGGAUGGAUCCGAUAUUUUUGGUGGGAUAUUUCGGUGCUACGCGGUCGUAAUCGCCCUCUUUGUGGCCGUUGCCGAGACCGAGUGGAGUUUUAUAAUGAAAUUCUGGCGGAUAUUGGAGUACUGGGCUGGAAGGGGUAUGCUGCAGAUCUUUGUUGCCGUGAUGACGAGAGCUUUCCCAGAUGUCAGCGGGCAGCGGAAAGAUCUGAUUUUGCUUCAGGAGAUUGCAAGUUACCUUCUUAUGGCAUGUGGUUUGACAUAUGUGAUAUCGGUAACUACUUCAAAUAAAUGCUUUGAUUGCUCAUUUAUCACACUGAAUUAUGUAGGAGAAGGCCUCAUGUGCCAGUGCUGCACUAGAUGUGUGGUGUCUAGCAUGGUCCAACUUGGAAUCUGAAAAUGCACUACUAUCAUGGUGUACUAUGCAUUGGUUUCUUGAAGCGUGCACGCCAGCAGAAGGAAAUAACACGUGAGCAAGCACUUAGAGAUUUAGAGGAAUUGGAACGGCAUAGGGAAGAGCUUGAGGCAUUGUUAGUUGUGGACAGGGCCUGAUGGUGCAAGUAAUUGUAGCUGGUUUUUACUUUGAGCAGAAUCUGAACAAUGAACGUGGUCCAUGGAUCCCAAGUUAACGUACCUAUUGUGUUGGUAGAUUUGAUGAUCAUAUUCGGGAGUUGAUAUCACUUGAACCCUGCUUCAUAUAAUAUUUUUAUGGAUCAUCAGUGAUACCAUGAUUUGAGGCUGUGCAGCUGCGGAUGCUUUUGUGUGCUAACAGUGAUGGCAUUGAUUUUAUUUUUAUUUUUUUUCAUGAGCUGAUCAUGCUCGAUUUUGUUGUUGUCUUUUAAUUCAUUUGUUUGGAGAACUCUUAGUACAAUGGUCAAUUACAUCACUAAAGAGUUGUACGCUGAAGUGGGAACAAAUGGCUAAAAUAUUGUUUCCUUCCUGACCUAUUUUAUUGUAUCUAUUGAUUGGUUCUUUUAUUUACCUGCGUUAA